AUGUCUCAAACAAAUAAAGAUGCGACUCCGGAAUUGGCGAAAGAUUAUAUUUCUAAACGGAAGAUUCCUCAAUUAUUUGAGGCAUUAAUGACUGGACUUAUGGUGAAUAAACCUGAAGAUCAUAUUGACUUUCUUAUAGAAUCUCUUUCACGAUGUAAGGGUAACAAACAAUCAUUAAAAUGGGAUACGUUUGUUGGACAAAAAGGUGAUGGAAAGAAUAAAUUACCUCCAAUUGAUACAUCUACUACUUCUGAAUCGAAAUUGAAUAAUCAAACAAAACUCAAUCCUAUUUCUAAUGGUAAACAAGAUGAAAAGCCAAAAUCUGAAUUGCCAACAUUUCCAGUACAUCAGGUACCAGCGAAACCUGAUGCUCAACAACCUCCACCAAAACCUGACCAGAAUAUAUCUGCAAAACCAGUUGAACAGUCUUCUGCACCAAAACUUGAACAACAUGCACCUGCAAAAUCUGAUGCUCAGCCACAUCCUGAACAGCAUGCGCCUGCAAAACCUGAUGCUCAGUCACAUCCUGAACAGCAUGCGGCUGUAAAAACUGACGUUCAUCCACCUGCAGUACAACAGGCUCCUGCAAAACCUGAUGCUCAGCCACAUCCUGAACAGCAUGCGUCUGUAAAAACUGAUGCUCAACCACCAGCCGUACAACAGGCUCCUGUAAAAUCUGAUGAUCAACCUCACUCUGAACAGCAUGCGCCUGUAAAAACUGAUGCUCAACCAAAACCUGAACAACAUGCAGAUGUAAAAACUAACGACAAUGCAAAUAAAGAUCUUCUUAAAGGAAAACCACUAAUUUUUGUUGGCGGUGGGCCAGGUAGUGGUAAAAGAACUCAAUGUCAAAAAAUGGUUGAAAAAUAUGGUUUCACACAUUUAUCAGCUGGUGAUAUUAUUCGUGCAGCUUCAAAGGAUACAUCAACAGAAAAAGGUCGUAAUUUCAAUGAGGCUAUGUUACAAGGAAAACUUAUAUCAACAGAAGAUAUUCUUGGAUUAAUUAAAGAUGCUAUUUAUCAUGAAGCUAAAAAGGCUUCUGGCUUUUUAAUCGAUGGAUUUCCUCGUCGAAUUGAACAAGGUAUGCAAUUCGAAAAAGAUAUAACUGAAUGUAAUGUACUGAUUUAUUUCGAUGUUCCUGAGGACGUAAUGGCUAAACGAUUAGUAAAACGUGGAGAAAGUAGUGGUCGAAUAGAUGACAAUGAACAAGUAAUUGCAAAGCGUUUACUAACAUUUCGUGAAGAAACACAACCUAUUCUGGGUUAUUAUGGUAAACAAGGAAAAUUAAUUACUAUUGAAGCUAACCGACAAAUAGAGGAAGUAUCUGAUGAUUUAUCAAAAGCAUUCGAAGGAUUAAUGGCACAACAACAAGUAGUUAUUCCACAUAAACCCAAUAUGGACAAAUUAAAGAAUAAGAAGAUUAUUUUUGUUGUGGGUGGACCAGGGUCAGGUAAAGGUACACAAUGUGAACGAAUUGUACAAAAAUAUGGUUAUACACAUUUGAGUACUGGUGAUCUUCUUCGUGAAACAGUUCAAUCGAAAAGUGAACGAGGUGAACAAUUGAAUGCCUUGAUGAAAGAAGGAAAAUUAGUACCUAUGGAAGUCGUACUUGAUUUACUUCGAGAAAAUAUGCUUGAAAAAGCUGAAAACUCUAAAGGUUAUCUUAUUGAUGGUUAUCCACGUGAAGUUCCUCAGGCAAGAAAAUUCGAAGAAAUGAUUGCUCCAUGUGAUCUUGUCUUAUAUGUAAGAGCAAAUGAUGAAACAAUGACAAAACGAUUAUUACAUCGUGGUCAAACAUCAGGACGAGUUGAUGAUAAUGAAGAAACAAUUAAAAAACGUUUGAAAACAUUUCAUGAUCAAACAAUACCUGUACUAGAUUUAUAUGAACGAAAAAAUAAAUUAGCCGAAGUUAAUUCUGAAUUACCACCUGAUGAAGUUUUCAAAGAAGUUCAAGAAGCACUUGACAAACUUGUUUAA